CCAAUCGGCUUCGUUUAAAAAGUCCGCCAUCUUGACUUGUACUGUGAGUGGGGAAGAAGAAAUUCGCGCGCUUUACCGGAUUUAAUUUACACGAUUUUACCUUUUUCUGCCGUUGUCCCGUGUUCCGUGGUUGUUCUCCGUAUUCCAGAGAAGCCAUGGAAAGCACGGGUGGCGGUAAGAUGCGCCAAAAACGGUCGCACGGGGCCAGCAAACCCUAUCAACGUACCCGACCGAAGUCGUUCCUCGAUAAGGUGAAGGAUCUUGUUACACCCUCCUGGCUGUCAAGCAUGUGGAGCAGCGGUACCAGAGAUGAACCCCCACCUCAAGCCUCUAGCGCCAGAGCUCCGACCUCAUCAGCAAACUCUAUCCCCCCUAGGGGGUCAAUCACGGACAGUCAGUACCCUGGCCUGACGGAGGCCGAGUCUGCUCCGGGACCCUCGGUCAGACCUACCCAAGCAGGGAGGUUUGCGGGGCAAGGGGAGGGGCAACUAAACACGCCCAUUCUGGGGUCUUUUGGGGGGCUGUCAGUUCCCGUCAGUACGUCGACGCCGAUCGAUGUGGAUGAGGAGGUGAUUGAAAUUGAUUCUGGAGAGGGCCCAUCAACCCAGAAAGUAGAUGAUCCGUCGGAGUUUUCCGCUCCCCCGAGUGUUGUAUCAUCUCUCUACCCUAACCUGGACAAGUUGGAGCACCAGCAGAAACUGUCGGAAUCCAAUCUGGAUCUCCUGUCAGAAAUGGGUCAUAGACGUUCACCGAUGCCCUCCUCAGGUCUGUGGUCCACCACGCCGUCCAGUCGGUCAGUAACAACUCGGGCCAGGCCAGCCUCUCCGUUCAGUAGGCCUCAGCAACCUGCGAUCAGCACGCGCAGGCCGGCGUUCAAUACCAGUUACUUCGGCACGCCGAGAGGGAGUUUGAGAACGUCAUCGGUAAUGGAGUCAACGACCUCAUCUCCCUUCUACCCAGGGAAGACGACAUAUGGUGGGGCGUCUGCACAGCGGUCGACGGCUGCCGUGAAAAGGUCACGAUCGUCUCCUUAUGAGGUUCACCUCCCCAUCAAGCGCUCCGUCCGUCCCAGGCUGGCUAAGCCGACAGACGAGGGCGACAUGGGAAUCACAAGCAAUACAGCCAAGAGGAUCCUAGACACUCUGGAGAAGAUGUCCACUCCGCUCUCAGACGCGAAGAGGAUACCUCUCUCGCCGUCUGUAACUCCACUGGCUUUUACGGCAAGUAGAGCGCCCAAGCUUAGAGGGCCAUCCUCCCCACAUCGACCCCUCGGGCUAGGCUCCAAGGGGGGCGUCAGGAUACCCGGGCCCCCCGUCUCUGGGUUGAGUAUACCCCACACUGUCAGCAUAGCGCCCAACAGACAGCCCCCUAUACCCACCACCGCUACCACCACCACCACCAGGGAAGGGCAAGAAACCGUGGGGACGGACACUGUGACCAGCAGGGCAAGAAGUACGCUGCCGUCGGCCACAACAAGUAUUGGGUUCUCCUUUGGGCAAAGUGCCCCAGCCUUUACCACCUUACCCCCACCACCCAUCGCCAGAAUUGAGACUCCUCCCAGUCAGACUGCUCCCCUCCAGCGGUCAAGCAGUGGUGGAAAGAUGAAACAGAAACGAAACAGCAGCCACUACAGCGCAAACAAAGAAGACAAAGAUGACGAUGUGGUGGAAGUCAUAGACCUUCCCAACAUCCCCCUCCCCCUCAAAACCCUCCCCUCCUUCAGCUUCGGCAAACCCCUGGAGCCGCCCAAAUCAACAGCGCCCUCUACGUCGACGUCAGUAGCGGCGCCGCCAAGCACCGGUCGGGGUUUUAGGUUCGCGACCUCCACACCAGCCGUCGCCGCGACGGUCCCGGCUGCCAAGAUGGACAGCAACCACGAAUUCACCUUUGCCUCGCCCAUCCUAAGGCAGACGGCAUCGACGAUAUCAGCACCUGAAUUCGAGACUGCUGAGUUCCCACCUCAGGCUUUCACGUUCAGCCUUCCUAAGAAACCCGACGUGUCGCCCAGCGUGGCUUCCUCCAAGCCGCUGAACUUCAACAACCCGUCUUCCAGCAGCAGCAACAAGAGCAGCAGCCUUGCAGCUGCGUCAGCUCCCUCCUUCGGGGCAAGCAACACCGUCAAGUCUCCAAGCAAGGAGGAGAGCCAAGAGGAAGAAGAAGAAGAAGAGCAAGGGUUUGGGAUCAAGCCGGCAAAGACGUUGAAGUCUGGAAGCUGUCUGGAAGUCUUUGGAAUCGUUGCGCCCACAGAGCCAGCCGCGACGACGGCGCCAGUUACGACCUCGGCCUCCGUCAACGACCUGUUUGGGAAGUUCAAAUCGCAGCCCGACGCCUGGAGUUGCGACACGUGCCUCCUCCAAAACAAAGCUGAAGACAGUGCCUGCGUGGCUUGCCAGAGCCCCAGACCCGCACCAGCAGCCAAGAGCAACGUUACCACAGAGAGUGGGGACAAUACGACCGUCCCAACCAGUGACUUACUGGCCAAGGUGACACCACCGGCGGGUACAUGGACUUGCUCCGUUUGCUUGCUCCAGAACAAAAGUGACGCCGACAAAUGUGUAGCAUGCGAGAGCCCCAACCCUGCGGAGAAGCAAAAAUCGGCACCGCUGAACAAUUCCUUGCUGGACAAGUUCAGACCGCCCCCUGGCGGUUGGACCUGCGAUGCGUGUCUAGUACAGAACAAAGCGGAUGCUGACAAGUGUAUAUCCUGCACCACGCCCAAACCAAAUGCCGGUGGUUCGAACCCAACCCCCUUCGGUAACACCUUAACGAACUCGACCCCCAAGGGUGGAUUUGGGAGUAAAAUGGACACUGCCGAUAGCAGAGACACAAACUCGAAAACAGAUAAUUUCAUGGACAAGUUUAAAUCGCCGUUGGUCUCGUGGAGUUGUGACACCUGUUUGGUACAGAAUAAAGAGUCUGCUGACAGGUGUAUAGCGUGCGAAACACCAAAGCCGGGAAGUCAACCGUCACUCAAAACGCCUCCAGCUUCAGCAUUUAAAUUUGGCAGCCAGUCCACAACUCCAAGUUCCGGCGCCAAAUUAGAUGGUAUUACGUUUGGCGGUACUAGCAAUGACAGUUCCUUCAAGUUCUCCACGAGCAAGUUCACGGCACCCACGAGCGGCGGGUUCAGCUUCGGAGCUCCCAACAAGACGUCGACGAGCUCUGAGAGUGGCGGGAUCCAGUUUGGUUUGCCAAAGAACGGCUCUGCCACCGGCUUCAGAAUUGGUUCAAACGCGGACUCUGAGACGAAGACAAACUCACUAACGGCAGCUGAUGGCGUACAAUUUGGCUCGGACACAUCCAGCAAAGCAGAUGGCGGGUUUAAAUUUGGGGCGCCGGCCGUCACGUCUACUGAAUCUAAGCAGGACAAGCCGGCAAUCAGUUCUGGUUUCUCAUUUGGUGCCCCCUCGACGACGAAAUCAGACUCCGUCCCACCAAAUGCGGACCCGUUUAAAGACACAGUCCCAAGCACAACCAGCUUUGGCUCAGGGGGUUUAGGUGCAAACGCCGUCACUACAAGCACUCAGGAGACGGACUCUAAAGCAGAGCAGAAACAAGGCUUUAUGUUUGGCUCCAGCAAGGACGAUACCAAGGUGAAUUUUGGCAGCUCAGUCACGGAACAAAGCACUUUUUCAUUUGGAGGUAAGGCACCAACAGAGAGUGCCCCUAAACCAACGACGUUUCAAUUCAGUGCUAGCGCCAACCCCCCUGCAUCGACUGCCCAGCAGGCUGCGGACAAACCAGCGUUUAACUUUGGUGCCACGCCAUCAGCUCCUGAAGACGCACCCAAGGUUGUGAGUGUCAGUUCUGGAUUUAGUUUUGGCGGAUCUGCCGUAAACGCCGUCGACACAGCGCAGCAACAGCCUCACCUGAACAGCGUGGCUCCGACCUUCCAAUUUGGCAAGAGCAGUGCGGGAACCGAUGAAGCGGGCACCGGUCAGCCACCUCUCAAGAAAGGCGUGACGUUUGCCUCUCCCAUCGAGCAGGAAACGGCUUCAGGGCUCAAUCCUUCCUUCGGUUUUGGAGGAGCACCAAGUCAGGCCGCAACACAGGGUUCUCCUUUUAUGUUUGGAGCAACUGACAACAAAGUUGACGCACCAUCCAAACCCAAUGGUGGUAUCACGUUUGGAACACCAAUCCAGAGCACUGCACCGACACAAUCUGCAGAGCCAUUCACAUUCGGAGCCGUAACCAAUAACAGCAAACCCGGAGGCUUCAAUUUUGCAGCAUCCACCAAUCAGAGCCCAGCCCCUGCGUCAGGUGGUUUUAAGUUUGGCGCCGCAGCAGCAUCGACGGCAGCCACGCCUACACGACAGAACCCACCCGCAUAUGGAGGGUUCGGCAGCACCACGUCCACCUCCAACACCUUUGCUUCGGGUUUCGGUAGCCAACCGGCCACCAAUUCUACCCCCAACAUGUUUGUCGGCCAGCAGCCAGCCCAAGCCACUGCCCCAGCGUUCGGGGCUCAGACUGCUGCCGGCGUCUUCGGAAGCACGGCCGCUGCUCCUGCCUUCGGUGCCGCAGCGUCCACAGGGGGUUUGCAAUCUUCGACGCCGACGUUUGGCGCGGGGGCAACCGGUGCUGCCCCUGGGUUCGGGAACUCUGCUCCGAGCUUCGGCGCCGGGGCAACAAAUUCAGGAAUCGGUUUUCAGCCAGAGCCAGCCGCGUCGACCUUCAACUUCGGCGCCAGCAAUCCCGCUUCUGGCACCACGCCGGGAGUGUUUGCCUUCGGAGCCAACAACUCCCAGAAUGCGACCGCCGUAGCGGCGGCACCUCAAGCUGCGUCUACCGGAGGGUUCAACUUCGCACAGCAGGCGUCGGGAUUCGGUAUGCAAGGCGGUGCCCAGAAUGCUACAGGGGCUCCAGCGUCUGGAGUUUUCCAGUUUGGGGCUAACCAAUCGCAAACGCAAGCUUCGUUCAAUUUAGGCGUUGGCGCAGCGCCAGGUACCGGACAGCGCAAGAUCCGUAAAGCAGUUCGAAGGACGAGGAAGACAUAAUGGCCCUGUCGAUCGCAACUUACCCCCUCUCCUUUAGGUAAAGUUUUGACUUCCUCGAUUGCAUUUCUCUUAUUGGUGGUAUUGUGUAGAUGGUUUCCCUUUUUAUUUAACUGACUGACAAGCCGGUUUGUCUCAGAUAAUCUUAUAUAAGUGUCCUCCUAAAGUCGCAACUGCAAGUGUUUUUUAUGUGACCAUCAAAUUUGUAUACGGACAGACAUUUUUGAUGAAUUACAUCAACCCAAACUUGCAAGAAAUCAGGAUUCCCACGGUCAUGGAAACUCCUGGAAAAAAAAAGUUGUCCUGGAAAGUCAUGAAAAAGUCAUCGAAAAUUG